GAAUAGUGACCUUUUCAACAUGGUGGAGCUGAAAGAGGAAUUGCGGUUUUUAGAGGAAAAUAAAUGGCUCCACGGUUACAAUAGAGCGAUUGAUGAAGUUGUUGCUAAAGAAUUUGACAGGCUGGGAGACACAGUAUAUUUGGACCAUGCUGGGGCCACCCUGUAUUCCAAACAGCAGAUAGAGAACUUCCAUAAAGACUUGCUACACGGGGUGUAUGGCAACCCUCAUAGCAGGAAUGCAAGUAGCUGCUUGACAAGUGACACCAUCGAGCAAGUGAGAUAUAGAGUUUUGGAUUUUUUCAACACCAAUUCCAAUGAAUACAGCGUGAUUUUCACACCUGGCUGCACAGCUGCACUCAAACUACUCAGCGAAACGUUUGAUUUUACAAAUGGCGUCUGCCAGGCUACCGUAUCAAGUCGAUGCCAGUCAAGCGCAGCAGGCAUCAAGAAGCCUAAUGCUGGCCAACCUGCGUCUGAGAGGAGAUUUCCUGAAAACAUGAAGAAUACCAAGCUUCACAUAGUAAGGGAGGAUGCAUCACCAUGGCAACACAGGGCUUCUGGUCUGACAGAAGUACCAAGUUUAUUGAGGCCUCAUGAAGAUAGAGGUCAAGAUGGAGAUACCAACAUUUUCUUGACAGACGACCUCCAAGAUUCUCAACAGGAUAUGACCAAUCAAAAAGCCUCUCUGGUCAAGAGCGGGAUUGUAAAGAAGCCGUCUGUUUGCGCUGGUUAUACUUGUUCUCAGCAUGUUCAAAGUGAUGGCUGUAAUACCUCUGGCGCCAGUGAUGAAUUACGCAGUGAUGACAAGACCAUAUCAAAGCCGAAAGAGGGCCCUACGCACAGGUGUGAGAUAGCAAGCACCAUCUCCACUACAGAUCAGAGUUAUAACAGGAAACUUGAAUUAUCUGAUUUGAUUUACUCAGGNUUGUGUCAUUAUGAAUGGGGAUCACUAGAGGUAACCCAGUCUCAUGACUUAUAUAGUUUAAAAUCAAGCGAGAUUUUGUUGAAUUUGGAGGAGAGUGGGGUCAAAUAUAAUUUGGUAAACUGGCUAGUGCAGUGCAACAAUGACUAA